UUACUAUUCUUUUUUAAAAAUUUUUUAAAGAUGUAGCUUUCUAAACUUUUACGAGUAAAAUUAAUUAGUUUGUAAUGUACAUGUUAACUGAACAUUUACAGUAAAAAUAUACAAGUAGAAAAAACUUCACUCUUGCUAAACUUGAAACACAUAUUUCAUCCCGGUUUUUUUUAGAUCUUAUUUGUUGAGAAUGAGAAUGUUGAAAGAAUAAAAAAAACAUAAAACAGCCGCCAAACCAGCUGAAUUGCAGUUAAAAGUAUCGGAAAUUCAUUAUUUUACUAAAUAAUAUGUAAUACUUGAGGUCGACUCUGUCUAAAGAAACAGUCAUAAAAUGUCUACACAAUAAACCCAAUGUAGAUUGUUCAAGCAGCGUCGCUGUUCCCCAAUCUAAUAUACUCUUGUGACAUCACGAUCUCCAUUGCAGACAUUUCCCUGAACGGGGACUAAGUCGAGUGAACAGCUCCCGGUGCUGAAAAUUUUGGAAAUCAAGGAUUUUUCUAUAUUUUUGCUCAACAAUCGUUUAAAGCGUUAACCGACGAUUUAAAGAACAACCAAAUCAUUUGCUGAUAAUUUAAAAGAUAACACCGAGGAAGACAGAUCUCUCGUUACAAUGGGAGGUUUUCUCGGUUCUGAAGAUUGGAAAAGGUACGUGCCGACAGUUCUUUAUCUCGUUGCCACCUUCAACUACACAUCAGCUGUAACACACUACUCGGUUCCCGAAGAACUGGAAGAAGGCUCGGUUGUGGCAAAUUUGGCAGGAGAUUUGGGACUAGAUGUGAAGACCUUAAUCGCGCGGAAAAUGCGCAUAGAGGCCAUCACUAAUCGGAAAUAUCUGGACGUGAACAAAGAAACGGGGGAGCUGUACAUUGUCGAACGAAUUGACAGGGAAUCUCUGUGCCCCGCCAAGACAUCUUGUUAUAUAAAAAUUGAAGCAAUAAUCGAAAACCCUAAACGAAUAUUUUAUAUCGAGUUGGAGAUCCUGGACAUUAAUGACAACGCACCUCAUUUCAGGAGAGACACGAUAGAUUUAGAUAUUUCAGAGGCUACGCAUGCUGGUGAACGCUUUUCUGUGAGCAAUGCAGUUGACCCCGACGUUGGUUCAAACUCUGUGAAAACAUACCACUUGAGUGAAAGUGAAUAUUUCACAAUUGAAAUUCAAACUGGGAGAGAUGGAUCAAAAUUUGCUGAUUUAAUCCUAAAAAAGACUUUGGACAGAGAGCAACAGGCUGUUCAUAAAUUAAUUCUUACAGCUGUAGAUGGCGGUAUGCCAUCUCGUUCUGGUACUGCAAGUAUUAUUGUUCAUAUUUUAGACACAAAUGACAACGCCCCUAAAUUUGAGUUCGAAAGCUACCAGUUCAGUGUGAUGGAAAACUCUCCUAUUGGGAGUCUUGUAGUUCGUCUGAAUGCGACCGAUUUAGAUGAAGGUUCAAAUUCAGAGUUAAUUUACUCAUACAGCUUGUACACAUCAGAGAAAACUCAAGCAACUUUUCAUUUAAAUCACAAAACGGGUGAAGUAACUGUAAAGGGAAUGCUUAAUUAUGAAGACUUCAGGAUUUAUGAUAUGGAAGUUAUAGCAACAGACAAAGGAGCCAACAGUUUGUCAGGACAGAGUACCAUAAAGAUUCUGGUGGAAGACAUGAAUGACAACCACCCAGAAAUAUCUAUUAAGUCAUUUCAGAGUCCAGUCAAUGAAAACAUAGAAUUAGACACAGUCAUAGCUGUAGUUAGUGUCAGUGACAAAGACUCAGGUGACAAUGGGGUGGUUGAUCUUCACAUUCCUGAUAAUAUGCCUUUCAAACUGAGGGAGUCCUCUGAUAACUAUUAUGAAUUAGUGGUGUCAGAGCCGUUAGACCGUGAGAAGGUCCCAGAAUAUGACAUCACUUUCACUGUGACAGACAGAGGUUCUCCUCCUUUAUCUGACAAUGAAACUAUGACGUUAGAGCUGCUGGAUGUCAAUGACAAUGUGCCUCAGUUCUCUCAGUCAUUUUACACGAUACGUGUGAUGGAGAAUAACGCACCUGGGGCCCUGCUCAGCUCCCUCACUGCCUUUGACCCUGACCUCCAUGAAAACCAGUAUCUAGUUUAUUUCAUCCUCGAGAAGGAGAUAGCCAACACCUCCAUGUCCAUGCUGUUCUCCAUCAACCCAGAGAACGGCAAUCUUUACGCACUGAAAACUUUUGACUAUGAGAUUGAGAAUGAUUUUCUUUUCCACAUCGAGGCCAGAGACUCUGGCUCUCCUCCACUCAGCAGUAACGUCACGGUCCACAUCAUCAUUGUGGACCAGAACGACAACGCUCCGGUCAUUGUGUCUCCGUGGCGCGCACAUGGCUCGGUGGUGGAGGAAAAGAUCCCCAGGUCCACCGAUAAAGGCUCUCUGGUUGCCAAGGUGAUAGCCUUAGAUACAGACUCGGUGCACAACUCUCGGAUUACCUACCAGUUUCUACAGGUGACUGACGCCACCUUGUUCAGUCUGGACCAGUACAACGGAGAGAUCCGGACAAUGAGGAUGUUCAGCUACAGAGAUCCGCGUCACCAGAGACUGGUUGUUAUUGCUAAAGACAACGGAGAGCCCGCUCUGUCUGCUACAGUCACCAUCAAGCUGUCCACAAUGGAGACUGCCGUUAAGGCCUUUUCUGACAUGACUGAGGUACCUCUGGAGUACGACAUCUUCUCAGACCUGAACCUGUAUUUGGUCAUCGGUCUGGGCUCGGUGUCAUUUCUCCUGCUCAUCACCAUAUUGGUCACCAUCGUGCUCAAGUGUCAGAAAGUCAAGCCCAGCAAAGCUGCUGCUCCCUGCAGGAACAGUGUGAUCAGUGAGAGGAACUCCACCAUCGCAGACUCCACUCUGGUCUCCAACGAUGCUUACUGGUACAGUCUGUUUCUAGCAGAGACCAGGAAAGGAAAGCUGGUGGUCAGACAGCCUGUGCCAAAGGGUUCCAGAUACAUCGUGUCCAGUUUACCAAGAGGAACAGGACUGACAGACACCAGUGACUCAGCAGCCUCCACAUUACAGGUAUAA